AUGCAAUUUCUACUCUGGUCAACUGGGUUGGUCGCUCUUCUGAGCUGGCUAAUUUACACGCAGGAGACGCAGCCGGCUUCUUGUCGGUGCCGGCCAUGGGAAUCGUGCUGGCCGUCCGAGGAACUCUGGAACUCAUUCAACACUUCAGUUGACGGGAAGCUUCAGCGUUUGAGACCAGCGGCGCAUGUUUGCUAUGGGCCAAGUUUCAACAAGAGCGCCUGCGAUAACAUCCUACUAUUAUCAAGGGAUAGCGGUUGGAGGGCUUCCAAUCCAGGUUUGCUGCAGGAUUGGGUGUGGGAGGCUGGUGAAACAGCCAACGAGAGCUGCCCAGUGGGGUCGUUGCGGACGGCCUCUGCUGUAAAUUCUUGUCACCAAGGCCGCAUCCCUCAUUUUACGGUUGGAGUGGAGUCCACCAAGCAGGUCCAAGAGGCAGUUCGGUUUGCAAGGAGGUACAACCUUCGCCUUGUCAUUCGUAAUACUGGACAUGAUCUAGCGGGGAGAUCAAGUGCCCCGGACUCCUUUCAAAUUCAUACUCAUCGCUUACAGGAGAUUCAAUUCCAUGUCGAUAUGCGACUUGAUGGGUCAAAUACAUCCCUUGGACCAGCAGUGACUGUUGGUGCAGGCGUAAUGAUGGGGAAUUUAUACGCUCAAGCUGCUCGUCAUGGUUACAUGGUGCUUGGCGGUGACUGCCCGACAGUCGGGGUAGUUGGAGGUUUCCUCCAGGGAGGUGGGAUUUCUGACUUUCUCAGUCUAAACCAAGGUUUUGGUGUUGACAACGUGCUCGAGUAUGAGGUUGUUACAGCAGAUGGAGAGCUUGUAGUUGCUAAUGCACUCCAAAACCAAGACCUUUUUUGGGCUCUCCGUGGCGGUGGAGGCGGGACAUUUGGUGUUGUCACUCGAGCCACCAUGCGUGUCUUUCCGGAUGUUCCCGUUGUGAUAUCUGAGAUCCUUCUUGAAGCUCCCCAAGCCAUCUCGUCAUCAUGGACCCAGGGACUGUCAAUAGUCCUUACUGCUUUACAGUCGCUUAACCGCGAUAAUGUCGGUGGGCAACUAGUUAUUGCAGUCCUGCCCAAGCUUGCAGUUCAAGCAAGCAUCAAGUUUUUUUUUCUUGACGCAACUGAGACGGCCAGCAUCGAUCGUCACAUGAAAUCAUUCCUCACCAAACUCAGCCGCGCCAACGUCAAAUACACAUAUUCAUCCAAGAGCUUACCGCACUUCAGUUCCAAUUACAGACAGGUCCCAGAUAUUCACUCUGACAACGAUUAUGGCGUCCUUGGAUCUACUGUCGCGAUUUCCCAACAACUUUUCGACUCCCUCCAAGGGCCGGAGAAAGUUGCAAAUGCCCUUGCAAACCUCCCCGUGUCUGCUGGUGACCUUAUCUUUACCAGUAAUCUCGGUGGCCGUGUUAUUCGUAAUGGAGAACGGGCAGAAACGUCUAUGCACCCUGCUUGGCGGUCGGCGUCGCAACUCCUUAAUUACGUACACACAGUCGAACCGUCAAUUGAAGGCAGGGCAAGAGCUCGCGAGAGAUUAACCAACACCCAAAUGCCUAUGUUAUACGCGCUCGAUCCUAAUUUUAAGCUGUCGUACCGCAACGUCGGAGAUCCUAAUGAAAAGGACUUCCAACAAAUCUAUUGGGGACCGAAUUAUGGGCGUCUAUCUGACAUCAAGAAGAAAUGGGAUUCUGAUGAUCUUUUUUUCAGCAAGCUUGGUGUUGGUAGCGAGAGAUGGGACUCUGAAGGUAUGUGUCGGAAGAGUCGGAAUGCACUGCACCAGAAAGUGACGAGGAUUAUUUCUUUUACUACUUCUAUUUGGAGCAGAUAACGCUCUGGAGGUAACUCGCCGUUAGAACAGCUUUGUUUACUCCAUGCAUGAGCUAUUGUCCAAUGACUAAACCUUAUUUUAAAGUAACUUUGGUUGCCUGAAUGAUAUGCCGAGUAUCUCCCUGGGCUGUUUCACUUCAUCCAGUUUUGCAGAAUGCUAGACGCUUCUCUUAAGCUCGAGAGUAAAGACGUUUGUGGAUGUUUCGUCACAGUGCGUAAAUACAGUAUCCUUCAGCUGGCCAUGACGCCUAAUGUGCCUUUUCCCCUUCUCUAGCCGAACCCAUGUUUGAAAUCUGACUGAAGGCUUGUACUAUUUACCAUUUUUUGGGGUAGCAAAGUUACUGAACAAGUUAUAAUAGGCUCGCAUUUAAAGUUAAAUUUUAGGUUUCGGGAUGGUGCUUAAAACAAACAAACUUUUGUGACACAAAAAAUACAAGGUUAGUAAACUAACUGCUCAAUAACUAACUAGUUAACUAUCUCCAGACCCACAAAUAAACCAAAAAUUGGAGUUGGUCCUUGUUAGUUUGGACAACAUUUCAACUGGUAGAAUGCCACAUCACAGCCUUCCUUCGACCACGACUUCACAUCGCGUAACCCAGCAGUCUCAAAGAGCUCCUUCCGUUCCUCAGAGUCGAAUUUGUAACUGCAUCCAAAGCGAACCUUCUCGUGUUUGCCUACC